AGCCGCCCACGCUGCUCGCCCCACUCCUCUUGUCGGUGUCUGGUGUCUCCCUCCCCAUAUCUCCCCCUCCCACCCACCCAACCCGCCGCAAAAACCCUAGCCCCACCCCGCCGUUCGCCGCCGCCGCCGCCCUGCCGCGCGCUCACGCCACCUCCGGCGAGGCCGCCCCCGGGCCCCGGCGCAGAGCACUCCCGCCCCCCCGUCGGCGCCGCGAUGGACAUGGACACGUACGAGCGGCUGACGGCCGAGACCAGGCGCCGCGGGAUGCGAUUCGAUGCGCUGAUCGGGCUGGACGAGGUGGAGGGGAGCGACGACGAGGAGGAGCGGCCGGCGCGGGCCGGGAUGGCGGACGAGCUGCCCUGCCCGUUCUGCGGCGAGGAGCUGGACGCCGUGGGGCUGCUGUGCCACAUGGACGACGAGCACCACGCCGAGGCCAAUGCCGGGGUGUGCCCAAUUUGCACAGACAAGGUUGAUGUGAACUUGGUUAGCCACAUGAGCUCACAGCAUCGAAGUUUCCUGAAGGAUAAGAGGAGAAACCGACAAGGUUUAUCUGGGUCACAUUAUGCAACACUUGCAUUUUUGAAGGAAGAUCCACAUGAGAGGAGAAGUGGAUCUUCACGUGCUGCUCCAGUCAGCACAGUGCCUGAUCCUCUACUGUCCUCUUUUGUUGGUAACUUCUAUGAAGUAGAUUUGCCAAGGGAUACUAAGGUAGAGUCCUUUGAUGAGACAGAGGUGGGAAGAGAUAACUUGGAGCUGAAAGCAGCAGAGAGCGUUGAUGAGCCUUUGCUCCCUGAGGUCAAGGAGGAGCGGACCAGGAGGAGCCAAUUCGUGCAGGGGCUCGUCUUGUCGCUGAUAUUUGACGACAUCUUAUGAAGAGCAACCCAUAAGCCGUUGGAGAAGGCAGCUCUUGCUACCAGCAAACAAGCCUUACACCGAGCACAAGUUGCUGCCGCAGCUGCUGUAACAACUUGCUGAUCUGCAAUUAGAAGAUGGCGCCGUUGCUCCGGGAUAAUUGGGAGAUGAAUUGUGGAUAUGGAUGUUCCUUAGUAUAUGCAUCAUCAUUGCAUGGACAAUAGAGUAUAUGUAUGUAUAGUUCGGUAGCAUCAUUUGACCGGAUUUGUUGGGGGGCCUUGUAUGUAUAUUGGGAGGCCAAAUUAUCGCCGAACUGGAUCCUAUCUAUCAUAAAUCAGCCAUUUGAUCAUGUUUU